AUGCGCGUGCUCAACGACAGCCGCCCCACCGUCGGCGCCGACGCAUUAUCGGCGCCGCCGCUGCUCGUCACGCCAGCGGCGGCGGCGGGGAUGGUCGGCGAGGCCCAGCUGCAGCCAGCGGCCGGAGCAGCUGGGAGCGACGCUGGCUUCGACGCCGACAUGGUCAUCAUCCUCGCCGCGCUGCUCUGCGUCCUCGUUUGCGCGCUCGGCCUGAACUCCCUCAUUCAUUACUGCCUCGUGCUCGACUUCGGCCGCACCGCCCUCACCGUGGCACCACCUGCACCUGCCGCCGCCACCGCUACGGCUGCCGGUGGUCCAACCACUGGUACCGGGCUGAAGAAGAGGGAGCUGAGGAGGAUACCCGUGGUGGUGUACGAGGCCAAGCCCGGCGCGUCGGCGACCGACUGUGCGAGUUGCCUCGGCGAGUUCUACGACGGCGAGAGGGUGCGCGUGCUCCCGAGGUGCCACCACGGCUUCCACGCGUGCAGUGCAUCGAUCAGUGGCUGGCCACGCACCCGUCUUGCCCGACGUGCAGGAACUCGCUCCUGA